AAAUUAAUUUAAAUAUUGUAAAAUGUCACUAAAUGAGCGCGAAAUAAAAACAAAGCAAAAAACAAAACAAAAAAAUUACUGAUCAACUUCCGCCGCGGAGGUACUUCCUGUGGAGGUCUGCCAUAUUAUCUGCAGCCGCUUUAAAAAACAUCCGUUAUCGUUAAGAUCUUUUGUGUAUUUAUUGUAGUUUUCACGCUUCGUAAAACGUUUUUAUACAGAACAUCUACGGUCGUAGCCAAAAACCGCGUAUAAAGACGUAUUAAUAUGCUCACGGUUAUAAACAGUCUGGCAGUGGGCUGGAACAUGAACCGAGCGAGGCAGCUCCGGGAAUAGACGAGCUUUGCCGCAGUCGCAGAGUCCAUCACACCAGACCUCCUCCUCCUCCGGAGCUGUCGAAGAUUCCCAGUUCCUUGACUGAAUCCGGGAGUGUUGGAGUAGACAUGGCGCCAGGCCUGUCCACUAUUGUUGCGUUGGCUUUGUAUGUGGUCCUGUCCCCUUGUGUUUCCGCAGGGGACGACUGCCUGGCCUACACUGGCCAAAGCUUCCAGAAAUGCUCUUCAGAAUAUUGCUGCGGAGAAUGCAAUUACAGAUAUUGUUGUUCAUAUUAUUAUAGUCGUUUUAAAGAAGAUGACCAAAAAAAGUGCUCCAACAAUGUUGAUAGCUUCAACAGUGCUAAAUAUGAGUAUUAUAGUCCCUCACCGUUACCCAUGGUGGCUGGUAUUGUGGGCUUCAUCAUCAUUCUACUCAUCUUCAUCUGCUGCUGCGUCUGCCCCUGCUGUUGCCUGUACAACGUGUGCCGCAAACCACGCCCUGUGAUAGCGACCACUACCCACACCACAGUGGUCACCACCACUCCUCGGCGUUACCCCCAGCAACCAACUGCAGUACCUGGACAAUCUCAGUCCUACCAGGGAGUGCCCUACCAGCCAGUACCAGUGCAGCCCGGCUAUCCAGCCCAGCCCGGCUAUCCAGCUCAGUCUGGCUAUCCAGCCCAGCCCGGCUAUCCAGCCCAGCCCGGCUAUCCAGCCCAGCCCGGCUAUCCAGCUCAGUCUGGCUAUUCGGCUCAGCCUGGUUAUCCAGCUCAGCCCAUGCCCACAUCACCCUACCAUGGGCAACCAUUCACACCGGGACCACCACCAUCUUAUCAGGAAGCAACUGGCCCUGCCUGUCCUCCACAACCGAUGCCUUACAGCCAGGCUGCGUUCACACCUGGCCAGCCGGCGUACCCGCUGAAGCCUCCAACCCAGCCGCAGCCCAGCGUUCCACCUGCCGGCGCAGACUUCGUAGCCCAGCCUCCAUACAACCCAGAUUUUGUUGCACCACCACCCUAGUCUGAUAGUGGAUGUUCGUGCUGCAGCACUUGGCUGAAAUGGAAGUUUGUUCUUUGAAUCAAGAGGAGAAACUUCAGAGUAACUUGGUUCAUUGUUGCCUAUAUUUGGGAAUUUUAGGACGGUACUGAUUCAGCAGUUCUGUUGAACAGUUACCAGGUGAAAAUUAUGUUUUUUAUUUGCAUUGCAUGGGCAUGCAAUAUGCAUAUUCAUUUUUUGGGUCCAUCUUUAGUUAUUUUGAGAAAUGAAACAUGAGACCACUGUUUCUCACUGCUUUAAGUACUUUUUUUUUUCAGCCUUAUUCCUCAGCGUAUCCCUCUGGCCUUUACUAUCCACCAGCCAAACUACCUGACCUCUACAGUGACUGCAGUCAAAUUCAGUGGUUGAUCUUAAGGUGUCUCAGUGUCUGUAGCCAUUUUCCCACUGCCCUCUGGCAGCUGUUUGCAGGUCGAUGAAGUGCUUUGAUCCUUUAUUCCCUGUAUUUUCCUGGUAUCGCCUUUUAAAUAAUGUUACAUGGGAACAAAUUGAAAGUGUGCAGCAUUUAUCACUGGAGGGUUUAUACCUUAAAAUGAUUUGUGUUAUGUGAGUUGACCAGAAGUGUUUCCUGAGCACACAAAUUCCACGUAGUUCCAAGUGUUCAGCACACACUCCAGUUCCAAUUCAGCAAAACAGGCCUCGCACACAGGGAUGGUUUGCUUUACAUUUUGAAGUUUACGUACACAGACUUAGCAUUAAGGUCUUUUUUUCCCCGUCAUUACUCAGGUUUUAUUUGCCCGUCCUACAACCAUAUUUCCAACCGGGCUGGGAUGCUGUGUAAACUGCAGAAAAAUGCUGAAUGCUAGCUGUAACGUGUGCGCUAAACAUUGUACCAAACAUUGUACCAAACAUUCAGAUGGUAUCUGUCCCUUAAAUUGUGAUUGGUCAGACAGGAGUGUUUUCCACAGCCCAUCUUAAAUGAGCACAGGCACAGAAAAUCAGAAAAUCCUGGAAUAAGAUAAACUCUAUAUUUAUAUAGAGUUCAGCAGUGUUGUCGAGCCCAUGCAGCAUUUUCCAGCAUAAAACUGAUAUUUAAUUUGUCCUUUUAUGUAAAGAGUUUUGUUUUUGUGAUAUUAGGUAAAAUACACUGUCUCGAGAUGGCUAUCGUGAUUUGCUGCUCUUAAGAAAUUUUACGUUGACAAAUUUUUAAAACUAUUUGCUUGCACGGUCUUUUAAAGAGUGCUGGACCGCACUCCAUUUCCAGCUCUAAACCUAAGUCUUCUAAAUCUUGCUAAUGCUCUUUUUGAAUCCAAUCAUUUGUUAUUGCCAGUUAGCUGCAAGAUGUUCCAGCAGGUGUCUUUGAAUUUACUCAUGAAGUUGUAUGUAGCAUCCCAACUUUGUUGUAAACGGGUUUGCACAUCUAACUGAGCUGAAAUGCGCUGGCAGCUUCUGGUUACUUUACCAAAGGAGAUUCUUUUCUUUUCAGUUAAGCAAACAAUAACAUGAUGAGCGCAUAGAAACACUUGUGCCUUCCAGCCACAUUACCUGCAGAAGCAUGCAUGUAAUUCCAAAUCAUUUAAAAUAUCUUUUUCUACUUAUUAUGGAGUCUGUUUGCUUUAUGUCACCAUAAAAGCUUGAAUGAUGCACAAUAUUCAGCAGUGUGCUGUUUCAUAAGUAGUGCCAUCAAACCUUUCCAAUGUUGUCACAAUAUUAACGGUUUCUUUAGUAUUGUUUAACAUGUUCUCCGUGGGUGUAUGAUCAUGUGUUGAUUGUGGAAAAAGAGCCAUCACUUCUGCUUUCUGCUGGCUGAAAUUACUUGAAGUGACCUUUUUUUCUUGUGACUCAGCUGAUUCUGGAAAAGUACAGUUACAAUUCAUGUGACGUCUAGACCUUGACCUUCUCUGACAAUGUAUCAUCCUCCUUUAUUUAGACUUUGGCUUAAGUCGAAGAACUCGGCAGCAAACUUUACAUUUCGGUGUGCGUCAGUCACACCUCUGCAGUGGCCUUUGGGAUCUACUCAUGUCCCUGAAUGUAAGGGAUGCAGUGUCACGUGUUUCUGGUUUUGUUUGUUACAUCAGCUGGCGAAUAGAAAAACACUUGUGUUGGCUUUCCUUUUUGUGCUUAUAUUUGUGUUCUUCCUGUGGUUUCUGUUCUCUGGCCAGUGUUGACUAUUUUAUUGAUGCGUGUGUGGAUUACAGUAGAUUAUGUUGUUUUCAGAGAUUUAUUCUUGCUCCAGUUCCCCCUUUUCCUUUAAAAUGUAAUAAUUCUACUUUAAGAGUGUAUGUUGGACUUUCUUUGUGUGUUAAUGUCAUAUUUUGUGAAACAGACCUUAUUGUAUAAUUCAAUAAAGUUUAUUUUUUCUUUUCUUCA